GUAAAUGGCCUCAAUCCUCCCUUCACCGGGAGUCUAGCUUUCCCACAUAAUCCAGACACAAAUUAAGGAAAACUCAUCCUAACAAAAAUCCAACAAAAAAACAAAAAAAAAAAACAAAACCCCAUUUCAACAAAAAGGGCUCAUUUUCAGGUGAAAAGUCUCAUACAAACACCAAAUUGUUCUUGUUGAUCACCACCAUAUCUUCCUGUGUAGCUAUCGCCUUGUUUUCUUCCAAAGCCCUAAUCAAUAGCGCGUUUCGAAAAGUCUUCCCACAACUGAGCCCAAUAAUUACAUGGAAUUGAUUUCUUGAAAAAGGAAAAGCCUCUCCCCUCUGGGAAGCUGCUGCUCAAGGCCUAAACACACACAAUCUGAUCGAAAUGGGAGACUCGUCUCCUGAGAAAAGAUCGGGUUGUGGCUUGCUAAAUGCGGUUUUCGGGCGGAGGAGUAUUUGGCCUCGGAGAUCAACCUCCACGGGUUCACUUACGAUGCAAACUCCCAAUAAUGUCUCCAGAGUCCCCAGCACUCCCAACUCCAGAACCUAUUGGGAUUGUUGCGACAUUAAUGCCCAAAACCAAGUAACUGCAGAUAGAAUCAUUGCCCGUCCUGGCCCCAACCAUUCAAAGUUCUCUUCAUCUCGCAAUCAGACACCUCAGCAAAACCAUCAAAACAAGAGAAUCCCUGCUGAUGACAAAUAUAAAAAUACAAAUCAACCACAUAGUAAUCAAGGUAGGAAGAUUCCUCCAAGUGCGACAGGAAUCUCAGGGGAGCUCGAGAGCAUGAUCUUAGAUAACCAAAGGUUAGUGGCCGGAAAUGCUAUGCCGCUUGGGAAUCUGGGAAAUUUAAGACAACCUGGGCCCAACAGUGUGCUUAAGGAAGAGGAUAAAAAUUUACAUAAUGGGAAACAUGGUGUAAAGGGAAAUUUAGCAAAGAAACAAGAAAGGCCUGAAGAAGACGCCGCCGAGAAGCCAGCCUCACUUUGUCGGGCUAUUUCGACACGGAUGGAUCCGGAGGAGUUGAAAAUAUUGGGGAAUGAGGAUUACAAGAAUGGAAGGUUUGCAGAAGCAUUGGCUUUGUAUGAAGCGGCGAUCUCCAUUGAUCCCAAUAAGGCUUCUUACAGGAGCAACAAAUCUGCCGCUCUGUGUGCUUUGGGAAGACUUCUUGAAGCCGUUUUCGAAUGCAGAGAAGCUAUCCGGAUCGAACCACAUUAUCAAAGAGCUCAUAACCGUUUGGCCACUUUAUAUGUUAGAUUGGGAGAAGCAGAAACUGCAAUGUAUCAUUUCAAACAAGCAGGGCAAGAAGGAGAUCCUGAUGUCAUGGCCAAGGCUAGAAAUCUUAAAGUUCAUCUCUCCAAUUGCACCGAAGCAAAGAAGCAAAGAGACUGGAACAGCCUUUUGAAAGAAAGUGGGCUUGCCAUUUUAGCUGGUGCUGAUUCCGCACCACAGAUAUUUGGCUUGAAAGCUGAGGCGCUGAUAAGGCUGCAUAGGUACCAUGAUGCGGAUGAAACACUGAGAAAGGCCCCAAAAUUCGGUGUUGAUGAAUGCACCAAAUUUCUUGGCCCCAUUGGUAAUGCAAGCCUCCUCAUCAUACAAGCUCAAGUCAACAUGGCUGCUGGAAGGGUGGAUGAAGCCAAGGAAGCAGCAGAGCAUGCAGCCCGGCUAGACUCUAAUAACAAGGAAGCAAGCAUAGUAGCUAUGAAGAUGCGGGCUGUUGCGAAUGCGAGAUCGAAUGGCAAUGAACUGUUUAAAACGGGAAGGUUUUCAGAGGCUUGCAAAGCUUAUGGAGAAGGACUUGACCAUGACCCCUACAAUGCUGUCCUGUUGUCUAAUCGAGCUGCCUGCUGGACAAAGCUUGAACAGUAUGAGAAAGCACUUGAGGACUGCAACGCUGCCCUUACUUUUCGACCAUCUUUCACCAAGGCUAGAUUUAGGAGAUGUGAUUGCCUCUUCAAGAUGGGAGAUUUGGAAGCUUGUAUUCAAGAUUGUGAAGCAUUGGUCAAAGAGUUUCCUGAAAAUGAAGAGGUUUGUAGCAUGUUAAAAGAAGCAAAGGUGCAGCUCGGUAAACGACGAACCAGUGAUGGCAGUACAGAAUGACGAUAUAUACCCGUAGUGGAGUGGUGGAGGUUAUAUUGAAGACCGACCACAAGAUCGUUAGAGUGUUGUUGCUAUUAAAGAUGAAAACAAAACGAUCUACAGUCCACACUAGAGAGCUCUCUCAAGUUUAAAACUUACUGGCACUGGCUUCUUCAUUGUCAACAGUAGAGGGGCAAAACGGGCACGUUACACAGCAUAGAAGGGGAGGAUCAUUUCAGAGCUGAAAAUUAGGGAGUAGGAUUGAAUAGGUUGUACUGGCAUAGUGGCAUUAAAAGAAGUCCAAGAACACUACAUCAUUGCACUGGUUUUUCUUCUUAUAAUGUAAUGUAAUUAUAUUUAGUUUAGGUUGAUUGUUAAUUAGAGCAUAAAUUAUAGAAAGAGGCGUUGCAUAUCUUCUU